AAUGAAUUGGGGUAAUCCAUACAACUGGGAUGCUGCAGAUUGGUAAUAGGCCACAUGGGGUGAAAGAUUCAUGUUCAUUGAUCCCUAUUUUUGGAGGUAUUAAAUGGAUUCAUUUCUCAAUUUUUUAGUUAUUUUGGUGUAGGUUUGGCUUUGGCUACAUCUAUUAUUGGAGCUUCUUGGGGUAUUUUUGUCACUGGUGUUACAUUAUUGGGUUCAACAGUCAAAGCACCACGUAUUAGAUCUAAGAAUUUGAUUUCUGUCAUUUUUUGUGAAGCUGUAGCUAUUUAUGGUGUCAUUAUGGCUAUUAUUAUGAUUGGAAAAGUUCAAACUAUUGAAAGUUAUCCAGAUGGUCAAGAAGAUGAGUGUUAUACAACUGCUCUUUUUAAUGGUUAUUCUUUAUUUUGGACAGGAGUUUCUGUAGGAUUAUCAAACUUAAUUUGUGGGUAAACUUAAUAAAUAAUAUAUUUUAUAGUAUUGCAGUUGGUGUUACUGGAUCUGGUUGUGCAAUUUCUGAUGCUUAAACUCCAGAAACUUUUGUUAAAAUUCUUGUUGUUGAAAUCUUUGGAUCAGCCCUAGGAUUAUUUGGAGUUAUUGUUGGAAUUAUCCAGUGUUCAGGAGCAACUUUUCUUAAGAACUGUACCUCUUGAAA